CGUAUGCCACCGAGCACUUCUGCGAUACCACUCCGCCGCCUAUUCAGCACCUCAGCCGCUGCACAUGCCACUUUGAAGCCUCCUAGAGCGUCUACCAUAAAUCCCCCCGAUGUGAGGAGCACGGCAGCCUUGGGAGUAUUACAACCACUGAGAUCUUCAGAGUCGCUGCAUCGUGCUGAGGCUCUUGGUGCUCUCCCGGGAGUUGCUCUUAAAUCAAGUGAAAUAUCGGAGGAAGAUGCGGUAGAAGCAGUCGUCGAGAAUUUGCUGGUCCAGGUUGAUCGCCAUGGAGAUUCAUUCACUACUUCACAGUGUAUUGCAGUUCUCAAGGAGUUAACCAAGACCGUGGAAAGUGCGGAAACAGCAACUAGGAAUAUGCUCUCAGAUGGGAGGCUACAGCAUUUGGUCAACAGAACGGUCUCGAUAGCUACUGUGGAAAGCGCGUCGUUGAAAUGGUCGGACGUGAUUGCUCUGAUGGAAAGUUUCGUGAAGUUGCGUUUGAGAGCCCCACUGCGAGAUGUAACUCCAAUAUGUUUUCGCUUUAUGAAAAAUGUGGAGCCAGCAGAGAUGAGAGAAAAAUUACGACAGGCUGGUCGCACUCUGCAACUGCUUGGACAAGGCAUGGUCUACCACCCUGAAGUUUUCGAUUUCACGUGUCACAGCGCUGAGCGUGCUAAACUGAUGGACCCUCACACGAUUGCUCUGGUUCUUUAUGAGGCCGGCCGGCAUGGAUUGCGAACUAAACAUUACACUGAUGUUAUUGUUCCUGCAGCAGCGGAAUUAGCACCGAGUAUGUCGUUGGAAGAUCUGCGUUUGUCUAUGCGUGGGCUGAUGAGGUUUGUAAAGGACUGGAGGGCGUUUUUCGAUGUGGUCUGCAUCAAGACUAAUAGAGUGCAAGAUGAGCUCUCGAAUAUGACGAACGAAUCAUUGAUAAUGCUGAUGAGAGUCUGUAAAGAACUGAAAGCCUCGAGAAAAUACAACGAUAUUCACAAGGAAAUUGCCGAUGAAAUAUCACAGCGUUUGAGUCGAAGAGAAUUCAGCAGCGAGGAGCAGGGCAUGGUGUCAAUGUAUAUGGACAAGGACACUAGCACGUGGAUGUCUAUGGUCUGCGAUAUCGGCCGAGAUCCGUUUAUGUUGGAUAAAAUCAGCUUUUGGCAAACUGGACAGUUUCUGGCGGCGAUUUCUCGGUUGGGACUAUUCGAUGAGAAAUUAUACUCUAAUGUGGCUGAUGUCAUCACGAAGGAUAUGAGUUUGUAUAAGGAUCCGGAAACGCUGGCAUCAACUCUAUGGGCGAUGGCGAAAUCUGGGUUCGUCCAAGGGAACUUCGUGGAAGCGUCGUUGGCGUCGGCGAAUUCGUUGAUUAAUGCAACUAACAACAACAUGAACGCUUGGAGCCAAAUUUUGUGGAGUCUUAUUCAGCAAGGUUGCGACCCAAGCAGCGAUACACGAAUGGCGAAUAUUGUGGAAUUUGUCGCGCAGUUGCCGGUUCCAGUUCAUAGGGGACAUUUUAGAAGACUUCAUCAAGCGGCUGACGUUCUUGAGGAGGAGUCUCCCAUGCGAAAGUAUUUAAGACAUCCACUGAGCAGCGCCACCGCUCUUCCCCCUAGAGAUAGUAGACGUAAUCAAAUUACUAAUCAAAUUGCCAAGGUUUUGACAGAAAGCGACCUUCUACCGACUCGUGCGAUUGAUACUCGUGUGAUGGUAUCGCCGAGUUGCAGCUCGAUAUUGGAUAUCGCUAUUAGUGCGGAGGGAAGUGGCUCGGCUGCUACUCCCGUCAGUGGUUUUAUUAUUGCGGCUGGUGACACUGACCAUAGACAGAUGCGAGUGGUUUCCGCGAGCACCGAAGGUUCGAAUAGUUAUUAUGGUGGCUUUGGUAUGAAAGUUCAGCCCCAUGCUGAUCACGAAUUCGAACAUAUACGUACCGGGCAGAAUUUGAUGUAUCAGCGGAUUUUGGCUAGACGAGGGUUGACGGUUUCGAUCAUCGGUGAAAAUGAGUGGAAACGAGCGCACGAGAGUGGUGAGGAGGAAGAGUUUUUGAGGAAGAAAUUGGAGGAAGUUGGGAUGGCAUGCUGAUUUUUG